UGCAGCUGUCUGAGUCUACCUGGUCACUGAUGACAUCACAUGAUCUCUGCUCUGUGAUUGGCUGAGCUGUGUGUAAGAGCUCAGCUGCUGCUGACUUUCUGUCAGUCGCUCAGAGUCUGUCAGAGAGUUUCAGAGAGUUUCAGCUGAUGAAGAUGAAGGUGAUGAAGGUUAUGAAGGUGUGGGAGCUGCUCCUCAUCCUCUCCUGUGUCUCAGCAGACAUUCUACAUGAAGAUCUUUUUAUCAACGGCUGUUCAGACUCUGAUGGAGAGGAGAUGUAUGGAAUGGAGGGUAAUGAGAAGUGGUACGCAGACUUCAAAAACCAGAGAGGAGUUGAUGCUCUGCCCGACUUUGCAGGUCAUCCAAGCUUCCCAGGACAUUAUGAAAAUGCUGUGACUAAUCAACAGAUCUGCAAAUCAAACCUGGAGAAGACUCGUAAUGCUGUGAAGGACAUCUCACCAGAACUCGAUCCUCCUUCUAGUCCCAUCAUCUACAAAAGGGACAAUGUGGAGCUGGGAGUCCAGAACACGCUGAUCUGUCAUGUGACUGGUUUCUUCCCUGCUCCUGUUAAAGUCUACUGGACCAAGAACGGAGACAACGUGACUGAAGGAACCAGCAUCAAUGUUCCCUUCCCCAACAAAGACGGUUCCUUCAGCCAGAUCUCCAGACUGGAGUUCAUCCCUCAGCAGGGAGACAUCUACAGCUGUAGAGUGACUCACCCAGCACUGACCCAACCACUGACCAGGUUCUGGGAUGUGGAGGUGAAGCAGCCAGGUGUUGGACCUGCAGUGUUUUGUGGACUGGGUCUGACUGUCGGUCUGCUCGGUGUGGCAGCUGGAACCUUCUUCCUCAUCAAAGGAAAUGAGUGCAGCUGAUUGGCUGGGGCUGAUGAUGUCAUGUAAACCAGUUGUUAGCAUUGCUGUGCAUCUCAUGUGUAAAUCAGCUUUAAGACUUAUGGUGUGUAAAAGAUUUUACUUUUAAAUCAGUUUUGUAAAUCUUUUUCUAUGAAAUGUAGUCUGUGUUUUUUAGUGAUUUGCAGGUGAAAAAAAAGCUGUUUGUUAAAACUGGGACCAAAAUACUUUAAUAACUCAUAGAUUUUGUUAUAAGUUCAGCCUGUAUAAUAACUGCUUCAACAUCAUUUUGAUAACUGAUAUACUGCUGCAUCCUGUAUAGUUAAAAAGCUGUUGAAACAGUUAUACAGGCUGAACCUCUACUUUCUGUGUGAUGUUUGCUGUAUCAAUACUGUUGGUAUGACACUUAAAUUUCCCUUUGAGUUAAUAAAGUAUUUCUUAUUCUUA